AUGGAAACUGACCAGGACAUGCAUGAUCAAGCCAUGGCUGGGGAAGAGACAGACCUCGAUGAAAAGUACCCCAAUCGCCCCCAAAACAAAGCUCCGACCCUGCCGUUCCACGAUCUCUACGAAACGCUUUUCCGUCCGCUCAGGGAGAUAAAGAAGAAGCCCGUUGGACCAGCAGGAAACAGGAGAAAGGCCGGACCACAUGGCCUGUCAGCUGCGAACCUGAAUCCUAUCGAAAGGCGACGCGAUAUAAUAGAGCGCUUCAUUUCAAGAUGGAGGAAAGAGGUCGGCGAUGACAUAUAUCCAGCGUUCCGCUUAAUUCUCCCGGACAAAGAUCGAGAUCGGGCAAUGUAUGGAAUGAAAGAGAAGAUAAUAGGGAAAAUGCUGGUCAAUAUUAUGAAGAUCGACAAAAACUCCGAAGACGGUUUCAAUCUCUUGAACUGGAAACUCCCCGGUCAAUCUGCUACCUCGAGCAUGGCAGGCGACUUUGCGGGCAGAUGUUACGAUGUCGUCUCGAAGCGGCCGAUGCGCACGGAAUUCGGGAAUAUGCUGAUUGAAGAGGUUAAUGAGAAGCUUGACCAACUGUCGAGUGCGUCCAAAGAGGAGGAGCAGUUACCCAUUCUUGCGGAAUUCUACCGGCGCAUGAACCCCGAAGAGCUAGCAUGGUUGAUCAGGAUCAUUCUCCGGCAAAUGAAGCUUGGGGCGACGGAGCGGACCUUUUUCGAUGUCUGGCAUCCAGAUGCGGAAAAUCUAUACAGCAUCUCGAGUAGUCUUCGUCGUGUCUGUUGGGAGCUACAUGAUCCCAAUAUCCGACUCGACGCGGAGGAUCGAGGCGUGUCGCUGAUGCAAUGCUUCCAACCGCAACUUGCUCAGUUCCAGAUGCAGUCACUAGAUCGUAUGAUAGCUCGCAUGAGGCCAACUGAGGACGAUCCUGUUUUCUGGAUUGAAGAAAAGCUCGAUGGAGAGCGUAUGCAGUUGCAUAUGGUGUCGGAUGCUUCUGCGCCAGGGGGUAGAAGGUUUCGAUUUUGGUCGAGGAAGGCCAAAGACUAUACAUAUCUGUACGGAAACGGUAUAUACGACGAGGCUGGAUCUUUGACCCGUCACCUUAAAGAUGCGUUUGCAGACGGAGUAGAUAACCUCAUAUUGGAUGGAGAGAUGAUUACGUGGAAUACCGAACAAGAUGCACCUGAGCCCUUUGGUACACUUAAGACGGCUGCUUUAUCCGAACAGAGAAACCCUUUUCGACAAGGUAUUCAUCCACUAUUCAGAGUCUUUGACAUUCUUUAUCUCAACGGCCGAGACCUGACACGGUACACACUCCGAGAUCGUCGAAAUGCCCUGCAGAAAGUCAUAAAGCCCGUACAUCGCCGCUUCGAAGUGCACUCCUAUGAAGAGGCUACAACCAAAGCUGAGGUUGAAGCUUCUCUCAGAAAGGCAGUUGCAGAAGCUUCUGAGGGCUUGGUCCUGAAGAAUCCUAGGUCGCCAUACCGACUGAACGAACGGCAUGAUGACUGGAUGAAGGUGAAGCCCGAGUACAUGACUGAAUUUGGGGAAUCUCUUGACCUUGUCGUGAUUGGGGGCUACUAUGGGUCUGGACACCGCGGCGGCAAACUCUCCAGCUUUCUAUGUGGUUUGAGGGUUGACGAAGGACAAUCUUCUCAAGGCUCAAAUCCUACCAAGUGCUACUCUUUCUGCAAAGUUGGCGGGGGCUUCACAGCCGCUGAUUAUGCGAAUAUCAGGCAUCACACUGACGGCAAGUGGGUGGAGUGGAAUCCCAAGAAGCCUCCCACGACGUACAUCGAGCUUGCAGGUGGUGACUCCCAGUAUGAGCGGCCGGAUAUGUGGAUUAAGCCGGAGGACUCGGUAGUUAUCUGCGUAAAAGCAGCGUCUGUGUCAGUCAGCGAUCAAUUUCGAAUAGGCUUGACGCUUCGGUUUCCCCGGUUUAAGCGGCUACGCAUGGAUAAAGACUGGAAAAGCGCUCUGUCUGUGCAGGAGUUCCUAGAUCUCAAGUCCCAUGCCGAACAGGAACAUCGAGAGAAAGAGUUCAAUGUCGAAAAUUUCCGCAAGAAGCGCGUCAAGAAAACGACAAAAAAACCGCUUGCGAUAGCAGGAUAUGACGAAAACGCUGAAGUCCAAUACGCCGGUCCAUCGGGACAUAUAUUCGAUGGACUCAAUUUCUUCAUCUUGACCGACUCGAACGCGCCCGUAAAGAAGUCAAAGGCUGAGCUGGAGAAUUUGGUUAAAGCCAACGGGGGCAGAAUCUUUCAGACGAAUGAUGCUGUACCUGAUACAAUCUGCAUCGCAGAUAGGAGAACGGUAAAGGCAGCAUCUUUGCAAAAGAAGGGGGAUAUCGAUAUUAUUAGGCCGUCCUGGAUUCUCGACUGUAUCAAACAGAGCGAGAUCGACGCGGGACUCCCAGACUUACUUCUUCCUCUUGAGCCUGGGCAUAUGUUUUUUAUGACCAAAGACAAGGAAGAGAUCGUCGCAGGUAGCCUGGAUCAGUUCAACGAUAGCUAUGCCCGAGAUAUUACUGUCGAGGAACUGCGAAACCUCCUGGAUCAGAUGGCAAAAGAUGGAAAAACCGACAGCUUCUGCAGUCCUGAAGCCAUACAGAAGGUCACAGAACACAUCCAAGAGAAGGUGGACUCCGGGUGGACAAUGCCAUGCGGUUGGCUGUUCAAAGGACUGGUCCUUUGUUUCCCCGAGAACGAAAACGAUUCGGCUUCAGAAGGCCCUGAGCCGAAGCAAUCACAACGAAUCCAUCUAGCCCAGAACACGGCCAAAUUCGCAGGCGCCAGCGUUACAACCUCAUUAAAGGAUACAUCUAUUACUCAUGUGGUCGUGGACCCGGACUUCACAUCGUCUGAAUUACCCAAACUCCGCAGAACACUCUCAACGCGGAGGAAGCUACCGCAUAUCGUCAAGGUAAAUUGGAUUGAAGACAGUUGGAAAGAGAAUACUCUUUUGGAUGAAGAGCAGCACAUGCCAGUUUACAUGCGCAGAUACCCCAACAUUCAACUCAUGAAGGUCUGA